UUAAGUGUCAUGGUAGAUGGAAGUGAUGAUGAAUUAUCCGAGGGAGAAAUUAAAGAAACGGAAGAAGAACAGAUAGCUUCUAUUUGUAAAAAUGAAGAGUUUUUAGGAAAACAAAAGGUCUGGUUUUUGCGCGAUUCAGAAAGCUAUAAGUAUUCGCGUAAACCUUAUAUUUCUCAAAACAGAGAUUCAAUAUCUAUAGCACAUGGAAGUAAAGAAAAGAGGCAUCAUGAUAUAGAUGAGAAUUCAUUUAAGAGAGGAUACGAAUGGGAGCAUCAAUAUGUUUCUAAACAUCAUGUAAAAAGGUCACGAAAAUCUAAAAUGUCGGGGAUGGAAAAAAAGAAUAUUUCAGAGCAGAAGAAAAGAGACUCUGAAUUGGACAAGGAGGAGAAAAGGUUUUUGAAGGUAGAUGUUGAAAAAGAUGAAAAAAAAAAGGAUGGAUUAUGGAAAAAAAAUGGAUCACCGAUAUUUGAACAAGAAGUCUUUGAAAAGUCUUCUAUAGAUGAAGAGGCAUUAAUUGAACAAAGAAGAAAAAACAGAGAGGCUAUUCUUGCUAAAUACAGAGGUCAACAUAGCCCAUUUCCAGAUUCUCAAACAAAAUUAGAUACCUUAGCUUUUCCAUCUCCUGAAACAGAUAAUAAAGUUUAUGAAUCAGCUUCUUUUCAUCCAUUAAUGGCAGAUAUGCCUGAUUUUCAAUUGACUAAAGAUUCUUCCAAUAUUAGUAAUGUACAAGAUGGAGAAAUGGCUGCUGAUUAUGAUCCAAUAGUUGAUGGAAAAUUAGAUGAAGAACGACAACAUUUUAAAAAUAAUAAUGAUAUUAGUGCAGCAGUAUAUGAUGAAACUAAACAAAAUGAAAAUAAUACACUAACACGAUAUGAAAACAGAUAUGACAAAGUGAAAAUUAAUGAAACAAAUGUUAACGAUGAAUUAGAUAUGUUUGCAGAUGAUGAUAUGUUUCAAGAGUUUAAAUCAGUAAAUGAGCAAACACAUGAAUUAAAAAAUUCAAGUGAAGCACAAGAUUCUGUUAUGCUUGCUGCGCGUGAACUUGAUGCGCGUCUGUUGGAUAACUGGGAUGAUCCAGAGGGGUAUUAUCAUGUAAUAUUGGGCGAACUUUUAGAUGGUAGAUAUGCCGUAAGAUCCAAUCUUGGAAAAGGAAUGUUUUCUGGUGUUGUAAAAGCAGAAGAUUCAAAAACAAGAAAAAUGGUCGCAAUAAAGCUAAUACGAAAUAAUGAAACUAUGCGAAAAGCUGGAAUGAGAGAGAUUGUUUUUUUAAAGAAAUUAAUGGAGGCUGAUCCUGAUGAUCGAAAGCAUAUUAUACGUUUAGAAAGGCAUUUUGAACAUAAAGGGCAUUUAUGUCUUGUUUUUGAAAUGUUAAGUCUUAAUUUACGUGAAAUUCUUAAAAAAUUUGGAAAUGAUGUGGGAAUAAACUUAAAAGCAGUUAGAGCCUAUGCUCAACAAAUAUUUUUAGGACUUUCGUUAUUAAGAAAGUGUAACAUUCUUCAUACCGAUCUUAAACCUGAUAAUAUUCUUGUAAACGAAACCAGGAAUUAUUUAAAGAUAUGUGAUCUUGGAUCAGCAUCUUUUGAUUCCGAUAGUAAUAUUACUCCUUAUCUCGUAAGUCGAUUCUAUCGUGCACCGGAAAUUAUUUUGGGUUUAUCACAUGAUUAUUCGCUAGAUAUAUGGUCAAUAGGCUGUACAUUAUAUGAAUUAUAUACUGGAAAGAUACUUUUUCCUGGUAGAACAAAUAAUCAUAUGCUUAGAUUAAUGAUGGAAUGUCGAGGAAAAUUCAAUCAUAAAAUUAUUAGAAAAGGACAAUUUAGUAGUAUACAUUUUGAUCAACAUUUUAAUUUUAUUAGUACUGAAAAAGAUAAAGUUACUGGAAAUGAUGUUUCGAAAAUAAUUGCCAUAUCAAAGCCGGUACGUGAUUUAAGAUCUCGUUUAUUAAGUAAUAUGUCAAAUGAAGAUCCUAAAUUAAUCAAGAAUUUUGUCGAUCUUUUAGAACGUUGUUUAGAUUUGGACCCUGAAAAAAGAUUAACUGCUUAUGAGGCGCUUAAACACCCUUUUAUUCGUGGAUAAUUCUAUAAUUUAUAAAUUUUUCA